UACAAAAUCAGUUUGCUGGCAACAUUCGCCUAUUGUGGUUCAAGACGCUUGAAAAUUUUGAAAUGAUUAAGUUCGGAAUUCUUUUACUUUACGCCUCUUUUGGUUGUAAUCUGUGCGGUAUGGCUAAAUCCCUGGAACAUACGAGUUCAGCUUGUGUUCUAACGGAUGCCCCAAAUCAAUGUGGAGCCUUUUGUCUUUCCGCUCAGCUUCCAUUCAUCGAUCACAACUACAAGGUUCAGGGGCAGUUCAGUUCCAUUACUAAAAUACUAAAUGAAGCCCUGAAAAGGCUGGAAGAUAUUGAAAAGGCACAAAAAGAAUCUGCGGCAAAUCAGGCCCUAAUGGAAAAAAUUGAAAAAGAAUUACUGGAAUCUAAAGCAACUGUAGAGAAGAUUCAACAAGAAAAUCUGGCCAAGAUGGAUAAAAUUGAAAAGGUUAUACUGGAAUCUGAGAAAACAAUUAAAGAGAUUCAAAAAAUUGUGCAAGAGCCCAAGGUUAUACCGCCUGGUUUCCAGCGGAUCGAAUCCAGAUAUUUUUAUAUAGAAAGCGAAAAUAAACAAACUUGGAAUAAUGCCGAGGACACUUGUCGUAAAAUGGGAGGUCAUCUGGCAGCUUUUAAAAGUCGAAAGGAACUUGACGCCGUCAUAGCGAAACUCCGUCAAGGACAUGCAUACUGGUUGGGCGUCAGUGACCAGGAAAAUGAGGGCGAUUUCGUAACUGCCUCCGGAAAUAAACCAAUAUUUAUGACCUGGGGCAGGGGAGAACCGAACAACCUAAAUAAAAGGGAGCACUGCGUCGACAUCUAUAGGGGAUUUAUGAAUGAUUUGCCGUGUAAUUUGCAACUUCAUUUUAUUUGCCAGUUAGACAGUGAAGUUUAAUAAAAACUAAAAAUACUAAGAUUAAAAUGUUAAAAUGUCCAU